AUGACAAUUAAUCAAGUCGAUCAUAUAAUUAAAUUCCGUGACAGCGUACCAAUUCUUCAACAAAAUCAAGAUUUAGUGUUUCUGAAUUCUUCAUUGACUCCACCAUUAAAUACAAUAGUUUCAGAUUCUUUAACAAACUAUAUCAACAAAGGUUUAUAUCAAAUACAUCCAAAAGCAGAAUUUGUUAAUGAUUGUGAAGAAACAAGGAAAGAAUUAGGUAGGUUUUUAAACACUCAAAGUGAAAACAUUGCAUUUACAAGAGAUGCAUCUGAAGGUUUAAAUUUAUUUCAAAGAUCUACAAAAUGGGAAAGGGGGGAUAAUGUUGUUAUUAUUGAUGGUGAACAUCCAAGUCUAGGUUUUGGUUGGUUAGGUUUAGAAAAAGAUGGUUUAGAAAUUAGAAUAAUCCAAACUGAUGAAUCUCAAGUUAAACCUUUCACAGCUGAUGAUUUUAAACCUUUUAUUGAUUCAAAUACUAAAGCUAUUGGUAUUUCUUCAGUCAUGUUUCAUUCUGGUUUAAAAAAUGAUAUUAAAUCAAUCGUGAAAGAAUUUAAACCUAAGGGAAUUCAUAUCUUAGUUGAUGCAACUCAAGAAGUUGGGUUUGGUAAAAUUGAUGUUCAAGAUUUAGCUAUUUCUGCAAUGGCAUUUAGUGUUCAUAAAGGUCUAAAUAUUCCAAAUGGAUUGGGUGUUUUGUAUAUUGAACCUGAAACUAUCCCAUUGUUAAAAUCAAAUCCACCAGUUUUAUGCUCAGGUAAUAUAUCAAACUUAGAUUCAAGUUUAAAAGUUAAUAAAGAUUUUAAAGUCUUCCCAAAUGCUCAAAGAUAUGAACAUUCAAAUAAACCAAUGAUGCAAAUCAUUGCAUUAGGUUCAUAUCUAAGAUUUUUGAAUUCAAUUGGUAUGGAAAAUGUUGAAACUUAUUUAACCAAUUUAAGCUCAUCAUUAAGAUCAAAAUUAUCAUCAAUUGGUUUGAAAGUAAUUGGACCAAAUGAUUCAAAAUCAAGAUCAUCACAUAGUAAUGUUUUACCAUUGAUUGAUCCUAAAUGGAUGGAUUUUUUCAAAUCCAAAAAUGUUUAUGUUUCUCAAUAUAGAUGUGGUGUUAGAAUUUCUUUAGGGAUUUAUAAUAAUGAAUCUGAUGUUGAUGAAUUUGUUAAGAUUGUUAAAGAAGGUUUAGAUUCAGGAUUGAAAGUUAAUAGUGUUUAA